AUGGGCGCAAUCUUUCAACUUGGUCCGGACACCUUCGCAAUCACCGAUCCUCAAGUCGACGCAAUCGACGCCUCCAUCUCCAACUUCAUUCUGUCCCUCCCACCGUCAAAACGCGAGUGCCAUCCAAAUGACCACACGAAUCUCCUCGACGAACCCUUGCUCCUGGCCCACAUGCUCAUAAACUGGUCAAGUAUCAUGCUGCACCGGCCACGGAGCUCGCUGACAUUCAUCCGCAAUCACUACUCCACGAUCUGCACGCGUUCAGAGACCAGUCCAGAAAAUUCAAAUUCCCUACCAUCGACGAGCUACGCAAGCCAUACUUCAAAAACUCUACGUGCCGCAAACAUUCUCAUCGGUCUUGCCGCCAUUCACAGACCGCUGAACUACUGCACGCCAACCAUGAUGUGUGCCAUUACUGCCGCAGCAACUGUGCACUUACCCGCCUACGCGAUCGCCGAUACGCCUGAGCACGCUACGGCCGUCAAGGAGCGCUUGCAGCUCGGCAUCUCGACGCUGGGUCGCUUUGCAGAGAUAUGGCCACGUGCACAAGUGGCCAAAGCGCAGGUAGCGGGAUUUGCACGCGAAGUUUUGACACGUGAGAACGUCUUCGUCGACAGCACAGGCGUAAGCUACGUGCCCGGCGCAGUGGCGGUGACUUCAGCUGGCGGUGAAGACAAGGGCUUGCUGGCGGUCGAGGGCCCGAUCAUGGGUGCUGGGCAGCUGCCGGCUUUAGAAUUCUUGGAUCCGGAUAUGCAAGGGCUGCCGUCAUCGAGAGCAGGCAGUCAAGGUAUGGCACUGCCGGCUGUGCCUCUCGGGAGCAACGCUAGUAGCGUCGUUGGUGGCAGUGGAGGCGGGGAUGACCUCAGCGGGCUUGACAACGAAAGUGGUGGUGAGGAGGUCAACUGGAUGACCUCAUUCGCCAGAGAGGGCGGCGUCACAGUGUCCAGAGGGAGCAGCCAGCGGCGGUGA